AUCAACAAAGUUGCCCCAAAAGUUCGUAAAGUGUUACUGUUGUUCCGUUUUCGCCACAUUAACCACGGUUUGUUCAUCAAAUUGAACCAUUAAUAUGCUACGCAUCGCCGAACCCUAUAUCACAUGGGGUUAUCCAAAUCUUAAAUCAGUUCGUGAAUUGAUCUACAAACGUGGAAUUGUCAAGCACAGUCAUCAACGUGUCUCAAUCUCUGACAACCUUGUGAUCGAACGCCAAUUGCGCAAAGCGCACGAUAUUCAGUGCGUUGAUUAUUUGGCGCACGAAAUAUUCACUGUUGGAUCCCACUUCAAGAAAGCCUCCAACUUCUUCUGGCCAUUCAAGCGCAACACCAAGCAGCGGUUGGCGCAAUAGGGCUAAUAACUACGUUGAGGUUGGUGAUUUCGGUAACCGUGAAGAUAAGAUCAACAACUGCUG